AUGCUUAGCACGUACAGCAAAGCGCCACAUUAUGACCCACAAGAUCCCAAAAAGCACUUGCCCACCACUACGGUGGGUGACAGUGAUACACGUGAUGAGGUUGGCCUCAUACGUGCGAUCUCUGUCAAGGAGCGCUCCUCUGCAAAGCGCAAGGAGACGUAUCGGCACAUUCAAAUCAAGGCAAAAGCUGAGACACCACGACAGCUGCUGCUCGACAUGAAGGUUCGAUGGUCUUCUAUGUAUGUCAUGAUACUGCGAGCAAUCGAAGACCAAGAUCAUGUCGACAACUUUGUAACAGCUAUAGCCUGUGAUGAGAAGGACAAAACAAAGCGGCGCAAGCUAGAGGCGCUGCGGCUGACAAGCGACGAGUGGGAGCGUGCGGAUCUGUUUGCACAGCUGCUCGCACAUGCUGAUGAACGCCAGCAUGCGUUUUCAUCUGAAACUCACCUGUGCCUGCAGUAUGCCAUUCCAGCUCUCGAAGGCUUGCACAAGGCAUGGUCCACACGUGCCGCAAAGGAUCGCUACUCUCACUUCUCCAAUGCACUGCAUGCGUGUGCAGACAAGAUUGCGGAGUACUACGACAAGACGGGUGACUCGAAGGCUUACAUCAUCUCAAUGUAUCUCGCACCUGACGCCAAAGGUUCUCAUUUCGAGAAGCAUUGGUAUGUUGGCCUUCAGAAGGAGGCCGAAGCAUUAAUGGAGCAAGGCAUGACUGCAACAGCCACAUCUUCCAAGCCCGGCGCCUCUCUCAAGCCGCAGACGAGCAAGCGCGUUCUCUCGGACAACGAGUCAGAUGACGACAAGACACAGCUAGGUUCGGACAGUACAAGUGCAAGCAAGCCAUGGUAUGCAGAGUAUCAUCAUUAUCUUCAGACGAGAGAAGAUAUCCCUCCGGGCAUCUCUCAUGUGCAGUGGUGGGGGCGGAACGCAUACCGGUAUCCUACGUGGGCUUCGCUUGCGUUGGACUACCUUCCUAUAAUGGCAACGUUGGUCUCAAGUGAACGUGCCUUCUCGCAGGGUGGCAUAACUAUCAGCAAACGCCGUAACCAUCUCAAGAGUGAUAUUGUCGAGGGCUUGCAAUGCCUCAAGUGUGCCAUCCAGCGUGACCUGCUGUUCAAAAAACAUGGCCCUUGUUCGGCGCAAGAAGAUGAGUCAUUUUUGGAUGCGGCAGAUGACAGUGUUGACACCACUACCAAUGAUGGUGAGCUGGUAGAGGGUGACGAGUCGAAGGAAGGUGGUGAGCACUCAUGGGAUGAGAUAUUGGAGGACGACGACGACAUCUAUGAGGAUUUAUCUACUGAGUCACCUGCCACCACCACCGCCAGUACUCAGUAA